AAGAAGUUAGUGGAGCUGUGAUUGGAUGGCCGUCGGUUAGUUUCAAACAUGGCGGAACCAUCAGCUAAGGAGCCGCUAACUGGAGCACAUUUUCACAAAGAAAGGAAGAAAUACAGCCCAGAGGAGGAGGCCAAGCUGGAGCGGCAGCAUUUCUGGAGAAUAAUCGAUGCAUUUCGGUCUUACAGGUUUCAUGUCCAAGAGCAGGUCAAACGGGCUGAGCGUCAGUUUUACAGCCUGUCGCAAAGGCACCAAACGAUGCUACCCGGUGUUCUGGCCAACCUUGGUCGGAUCAUGCAGUGCGCCGAACACAACCAGGAUGUCCUGGAGGCUAUCGUUCACAACAGCCUUCACAUGUUUGAGAACGUGGAGUAUGGGGAAAGGGAGGAUCCGAGAAAGACACGCCCAUCCUCUACUUUUGACAUGGACAAACUGAAAUCCACCAUAAAGCAGUUUGUCAGAGACUGGAGUGAAGUAGGAAAGGCUGAGAGGGACACUUGCUACAAACCCAUCAUCCAAGAGAUCCAGAGGCUCUUCCCAAGUGACCAGUGUGAUGUGUCUAAGGUGAGCGUGCUGAUUCCUGGUGCGGGGCUUGGUCGACUUGCUUGGGAGAUAGCUCGGCUGGGGUAUGCAUGCCAGGGCAACGAAUGGAGCUUCUUCAUGCUUUUCUCCUCCAACUUUGUUCUCAACAGAUGUGAAACGGAGAAUACCCUGACCCUGUAUCCCUGGAUUCACCAGUUCAGCAACAACAAGAAAUCCUCCGACCAAACUCGACCGAUCAGAUUCCCGGACGUGAACCCCCAGAGCCUGCCGCUGAACACAGACUUCUCCAUGGUAGCGGGGGACUUUGUGGAGGUUUACAGUGAACCGGAAUGCUGGGACUGUGUGGCAACCUGCUUCUUUAUUGAUACUGCUAAUAACGUCUUGGAGUAUGUGGACACAAUUUGGAAGAUUCUUAAGCCCGGCGGAGUAUGGAUCAACCUUGGCCCACUGCUGUAUCACUUUGAGAAUAUAGCCAAUGAGCUCUCUAUUGAGCUUAGCUAUGAGGACAUUAGGACAGCGAUGUUAAAAUAUGGCUUCAUCUUUGAGGCGGAGAAGGAGUCGCUACAGACGACUUACACUGAGAAUGACUGCUCAAUGCUGAGAUACGUUUAUGACUGCAUCUUCUUUGUUGCUCGAAAACCUGCUGAGCUGCAGUUUAAUGGUGUAGAAGAAGCAGAGCAACAGCUAAAUUCUCCACCAGCUGCCAAGUCGUCCAGGCGGGAGGGUAGCAAUAGGCUAACGUGACGUAAAACCAUUAAGCAAACAUGGUCAAUUUGAAGAGGUUUAACCGCCAAUAUUUUUCUCCUUCAAUACAACUUUUAAAUUGCCACUCUCUGAAAAGUGCUUCCACCCUCAUGGAUUUUUAGAGAGCACUUGAGUACAGCUGAAACUGUGGGUUUAGUAAAGCAGGAUGGGGCCAGUAUGAGUUUCUCUUGCUAUAACUGAGUGGAAAAGAAGAAUUUUUAAUGAUGUCAGAGUAUUGACCGAAAUUCAAAGCAGAAAUGCAUCACACUAUAUGUUUUUCCUUUAUAUUAAACAUUUUUUUCUUUCCAUGUAAGUGAUGGAAAAGUCUUUUUGUCAGCUGAUCUGUAUUGCAAAGCAGUGGCUGAGGGGAAAAUAUGGAGCUGAUCCGUAUAAAAUUAAAAAAUAUAUUAAUAAAAAAAAAAGUUCUCCAUCCGACACUUUCCCUGGUAUCUCAUUUAUAGCAGUUGAAGGUGUGGAAAUAGGUAAAUGACUGAAUAUGUUGGUUUAUUUUUUUUUUUAAACCUUCACACUGAUGACUGGCCUGUAUGCUUUUAUUAAGUAUUGUGGGACUAAAAUAUCAGUUCUGAAAAAUGUUGUAUCGCUUAGUAUUGUUCGUUCAUGAGGUUAGAGGUAAUUGAGUUACCCACAGCCUCUUGUAGGUUUGUUUUUAAAUCCGUUUUUUUGUGAUUUCCAAGCAGUUGACUUUGUUUGGCUUUUAUAUCACACACUCUUAACUUAUUUCUAUUACCCCGACUUACCUUGCCAGUUUGUAUCCAUUCACAUGUGCCUCUACAACUGAAUUAUACAUUUUGAAACGUAUUUAUUUGUACUUAAGUUGGCUUAUUUGCAUGUUUCUGUUUUUAAGUUGUAAAGCUUUCAUCUUUUUCUUUGAAAUAAAG